UCUCUUCCCAGCCAUCGAAAUUCCCCGUCCCCAAAUCGACCGAGACCGAGCGAAUCACUCCCAGCCGCGAACCCAGGCAUCCGCACCGAUGGCCCCCAAGGCGGAGAAGAAGCCGGCGGCGAAGAAGCCCGCAGAGGAGGAGCCCGCGGCGGAGAAGGCCCCGGCGGGGAAGAAGCCCAAGGCGGAGAAGCGUCUCCCCGCGGGCAAGUCCGCCGGCAAGGAGGGCGGCGAGGGCAAGAAGGGGAAGAAGAAGGCGAAGAAGUCGGUGGAGACCUACAAGAUCUACAUCUUCAAGGUGCUGAAGCAGGUGCACCCCGACAUCGGCAUCUCCUCCAAGGCCAUGUCCAUCAUGAACUCCUUCAUCAACGACAUCUUCGAGAAGCUCGCCGGUGAGGCCGCCAAGCUCGCGCGCUACAACAAGAAGCCCACCAUCACCUCCCGGGAGAUCCAGACCUCCGUCCGCCUCGUCCUCCCCGGCGAGCUCGCCAAGCACGCCGUCUCCGAGGGCACCAAGGCUGUCACCAAGUUCACCUCAUCUUAGGUUGGUGCUAGUAGUAGCUCGGUGGUGUUGGUAGAUGUGGCUCAGUUUAUCCGGUAGGGCUAGUGGUAGUAGUAGUAGUUGGUGAAACUUGAAAUGGAUCGUUGUUGACCUGUGUGCAGUUGUGCUGCGGUAAGAGACUAAGAAUUGUGUGAUGCUUGUGGAACAUUGUUUGUUUAUGGAUCUUGAAUUGGUUACGGUGCUCGUUCUAUAUGCGAUUUCUGUCA